AUGCGACUAAACUCCUGGACGGGUCUUCUGCCCACAGUGGCCGCCCUGGACGUUGGUCCAGACUACAGCCAUCCAAUCGAAGGUUUGUACCCGAGCUGGCUCUGCAAGGAAAAAAAGGGUCGAAGCUAUAACACCGUCUGGGAAGUCAACCCUUUCGAGGAGGGACUCGCUAUUGUCGAUUGCGGCGAUGUGCCCUUCACUCCGUUCGAUGCAGCCCAUGUUGUCAAGCGGGUGGAACAAGGAUACAGACAGGUCUUGUACCAUCCAACCUCUUCAGCAAACUCAUGGGAACAUCCGCGUAUCAUCAGCUUGGGAGGUGAUAAUUCCAUCACCCUGCCCAUUUUAAGAUCUCUCAAGACUGUGUAUGGAUCUAUAUCCGUCAUUCACUUGGACUCGCAUCUGGAUACAUGGGAUCCUUACCAAGGCUACACAGGUAUUAGAUCAAACCAGUCCGCCCUUACCCAUGGUACUUUCUUUUGGCACGCUAGCCGGAAGGGCUGCAUCAGCAAAAGGACCAGUGUGCAUGGUAGCCUCCGAACCAAGCCAUUUGCCAGUGCCCUCACUCUUCACCCGAAGGAUUACGAGAUUGAAAGAGAUGUCGGCUUCGGCAUUAUCGAGGCACACGAGAUCGAUGAUAUCGACAUGAACGGUAUCAUCGCCAAGACACUGAACUUCGUCAAAGAUACCCCUGCCUAUCUUUCCAUCGACAUUGACGUGCUGGAUCCAAGCAUCGCCCCGGCUACAGGCACUCCAGAAUUCGGCGGAUGGACUACGCGCGAACUCAAGCGGUUUAUCAGAGGCCUCGAAGGCAUCAAUCUAUUUGGUGUUGACGUAGUAGAAGUAAGCCCGCCGUAUGACACUGCCGCCAAAAUCACAUCGAUUGCGGCUGCGGACCUGAUCGUGGAUAUCAUGGCGGCCAUGGCCAAAUCAAACAAGGGACCAGCGCUGCUUAGGGUGAAAGAAGAGCUCUAA